AGAUUAUUUGGACCAAGGGAAGUUUUUACAUGGCAUUAAAGCGCGAGUUUGUUCACUUCUAUCAAACUGAUCAAAAAGCAAACGAAAUUCUCAAUGCGAUGAAAGAAGAAAGACACUUAGUAAAACAUCCAGAUGAACUAUUUUUUCCUACACUAACUCAUAGUCCACUGCUUGGUGCCCCUGGUGCUUGUAAUGAAAUUCAUGUUGCUAAUCAUUCAGAUCCACGGAAAAUUUUCAUAGCUCGUUAUGUAACAUGGUAUCAUGAAGGUUGCAAAAGUCCAAGGGUGCGCCGUAUUGUUUGCAUUAUAGGAAUAAACAACCUUCCGUACAUAACGUCACGAGUUGAAUUCUUCGCCAAUAAGUUUCAUGAUGAUUUUGAACCGCUUGCAUAUGACUGCACAGAGUAUUAUAUCAUGAAGAAAGUUUUAAACGAGAUGACAAGUAAACAAUUAGAUCCAAGUUUCAAUCUCACACAUUACUCUAUAUUGCAUUGUUCACAAAAUCAUAUCUAAUUUCACAAAACGCUUAAUUGAUCAUCACAAUCAACUUAUGUUCACUUUCAUUUGUUCAUGUUGAUUCAUUUUAAUAGUUCAGAUUUUACUUAUUUUUGAAAACGCUAUUAAUUGUAAAACCCCCGAC